GCCAAUGACACUCUCUGGGCCGAUCAACUUGAUGAGCUUGUCGGUGGUAGUGCCCUUUCCGUUGCCUUGAGCAUCGGUUUUGAAGUUGCCCAGGUCACCAACGUGGCGAGUCUCGUCGGUGGGAGCACCGUGGGUCUUGCCGUGGGGGUUGACUGUCCAUCGUGUAUCAGACUCAUUGUUUCAAACCGUAUAUGCAUGUUAAAGGUAUGUAAAAGUAUAUCAGCACUCACAGUGAGGACCGGCAGAUGUGCAGCCGUUGGUGUUGUCACCGAAUUGAUGGACGUGCAUGCCACGCUCGGCAUUUGGGUCAUUGCCGGUGAUGUCCCAUGUGAUGGUGGUUGGGGAGGAUUCGGAGGCUUGCUCGAAAGUGACGGUUCCGGAGACCUUGGAGUCACCUCGGACGGUUGCAACUGGAGGGAGACGAAGCAGGUCAGCAAGGAUCUUGACAGAAGAAGCAAAAACAAUGCAAUAGUCCAGUCCCACUAGAUUGGACAGACAGACGAAUGGCCCGUCAAAAUUGAGGCUGAUAUGUAGCCAUCCGGGUGACAAUGCUGGUUGCCCAAAGGAGGUCGAAUCCUGCUCAUAUUGUCUCUACCGACCCCGCCAUUGGCAGCCAAACAAUGAAUCGCUCGUAGACCGGGGUCUCGGGAAUUAUUUAAUGCAUGACAUACCUGCUUUGACCAUUUUGGCGUUGUUGUUUAUAAAGUGAUAUUGAUAAGUUGGUUUGGGUAUAGCUGUUGAAGAUUCGGUGUAGAUGUGAGAAUCAAUUGGAAGAAUGGGAGGGGUGGAUGACGAAAGUUGCUGAUGUGGAGAAGCUCAGCUUACAAAAUCAAUGAGGGGUUCCUUCCUUUCGGGACCGUGCCCGUGUUGGAGGAAGGUCUGGCUGCCUGAGGUAUCAAUGGUCAGGGGAAGGAGACUCGGGAGAAUGCUGGCGGCCGGCCUCGCUCGGGACUAAGCGAAAUAGACCUCUUUUUUAUCUUUUGGUAUUUUGACUACAUCUACUCUAUUAGAGCCAAUCAACCAAUUGAUCAUUCUGUAAAGUAAGGUCGUCUAGGAACGAGUUGGAGCAGCAAUACAAACUUUCAACAAAAGUUCAAAACCACUCGUAUAUUCUCCACAUUGCGCACAUUUACCCUGGUUCUUCACAUCCAUUGUACCUACUUCGGAACAGUGUUAGCAAAGAUUGAAGGCAAAGACGAACACCAGGAGAGAGCCGAAGAAGACAGGAAUUUUGUUUUCCUUGAUCAAUACAAUCAUCAUGUCUCCUCUUUCCAAGUUUGAUGGCUUGGAACUUCCAGCAGCAGCGGACUUUCACGUCCAUCUUCGAGAUGGAGUUAUGAUGGAAACAGUUGUGCCUCUCGUUCGAGCUGGCGGUGUCAAUACCGUCUAUGUCAUGCCAAAUCUGGUCCCUCCUCUCACUUCAGCCUCAGACGCUCUAGCCUACAAGAGCCGAAUCCAACAGAUUGAGCCCAACCUCAACAUUCUCCUAACACUGUACCUUCACGAGAGCAUCACUCCUGCGGUGGUCAGAGGAGCUAAAGCCCAAGGUAUUGUCGGUAUCAAAGUGUAUCCAGCGGGUGUAACCACGAAUUCGAAGUCUGGUGUUUCGUCGUAUGAGCCGUUCUAUCCCGUCUUUCGCGCGAUGGAACAAUGUGGCAUGGUUCUCAACUUGCAUGGUGAAUGUCCUUCGGAUCAUGCUAAGAAUAUCACUAUUUUGAACGCCGAGUCGAAGUUCUUGGAGACUUUGGAAGGGCUACAUUCUAUGUUUCCUGAGCUCAAAAUCGUCCUCGAGCACUGCACCACAAAAGACGCCAUAGAAGCAGUCAACAGAUGCGGUCCAAACGUCGUAGGAACCAUCACAGCCCACCACUUAUACCUCACAAUCGACGAUUGGGCCGACGACCCAUUCUGCUAUUGUAAACCAGUCGCUAAAUGGCCGUCCGAUCGCGAAGCUCUUAUAAAAGCCGCUGUUGGAGGAACGGGGAAGUUCUUCCUGGGUAGUGACUCCGCCCCCCACGACAUCGCCUCCAAAACCCGCUCCGGCAGCAGCACCGGCAAAACCGCCGCCGGCGUUUUCACCCAACCCUAUCUCCUCCCCCUCGUAAUCGGCGCCUUCGAGCAAGCCAUCUCCCGCGGCGUGAUAACAGCAGAUGAUGUAACGGAGGAUAUCCUUAGGGGGUUUCUGGGUGGGCAUGGGAGGAGGUUCUAUGGUGUUGAGGGGACGGUGGGGUUGCUUCGGAAUGGUGGUGAGGGAAAAGGUGAUGGGAAGGAAAAGGGGAAGGAGGAGAGGGUGGUAUUGAGGAGGGGGGAGGAGGUUAUUAGGGGGUCGUUUAAGGGGGAGGGGGUGGAGGUUGUGCCGUUUAGGAGGGGGUUGGGGACUUGGAGUGUGGAGUGGGUGUAGAUGCCUGGUUGGGCGGUUGGCUCGAAAACGAAGGAUUGUGGUAGGCUGUGGGUGUGUGGGUGUUGAGAUAGAAAGAUAGAUAGAGAGGCGUUGUGUGCCUACCUAGGGCAGCUUCAAGUAUAGACAUCAAUUAAGCUACUCGCUAUCUUAAACAUCGUCUCACUCCAGGGAAUAUUCGGAAAGAG